CCUCCUCCUCCUCCUCCUUCCUUCCUCGCCUCAGCGCUCGCAAACAGCGCGACCGCCCGUGUCCCUCCGCCGCGCGCCGAGCGGGGGACUUUUUCGCGGGGCUUUUCGGGCGCCCUAUGAGAAGCGGCGGCGGGCUCCGGGCGGCCUUGCUCGUCGUUCGGUCGGGCGGCGGCCGGGCGCGGGCGACACGAUGUCCUUGGUAGAUUUGGGAAAGAAGCUUUUAGAAGCUGCUCGAGCUGGCCAAGAUGAUGAAGUUCGCAUUUUGAUGGCCAAUGGAGCACCUUUUACUACAGAUUGGUUGGGAACGUCUCCUCUUCAUCUAGCAGCACAAUAUGGCCACUAUUCAACGACCGAAGUGCUACUGCGAGCAGGAGUAAGUCGAGAUGCAAGGACCAAAGUGGAUCGGACACCACUUCACAUGGCAGCUUCAGAAGGCCAUGCAAGCAUUGUAGAAGUUUUGCUUAAGCAUGGUGCAGAUGUAAAUGCAAAGGACAUGCUGAAAAUGACUGCUCUGCAUUGGGCCACAGAGCACAAUCAUCAAGAAGUAGUGGAACUCUUAAUAAAGUACGGAGCAGAUGUCCAUACCCAAAGUAAAUUUUGCAAGACUGCGUUAGACAUUGCCAUAGACAAUGGAUAUGAAGACUUGGCAGAAAUUCUACAGAUCGCCAUGCAGAACCAAAUCAACACGAAUCCAGAGAGUCCGGAUACAGUGACGAUUCACGCAGCCACACCACAGUUCAUCAUUGGACCUGGUGGUGUUGUGAAUCUAACAGAUGACAGUGGAGUGUCUGCUGUCCAGUUUGGCAAUUCCUCAACUUCAGUUCUGGCAACUCUGGCUGCCUUAGCAGAAGCCUCAGCUCCACUGUCCAACUCAUCAGAAACUCCAGUUGUGGCUACAGAAGAAGUGGUGACUGCCGAAUCUGUGGAUGGUGCAAUUCAACAAGUAGUUAGUUCUGGAGGCCAGCAGGUUAUCACCAUAGUAACAGACGGGAUACAGCUUGGAAAUCUUCAUUCCAUUCCCACCAGUGGAAUGGGUCAACCCAUUAUAGUGACCAUGCCAGAUGGGCAGCAAGUACUUACAGUACCAGCCACAGACAUUGCAGAAGAAACAGUAAUCAGCGAAGAGCCUCCAAUGAAGAGACCAUGUAUCGAGAUCAUUGAAAAUCGGGUGGAAUCGGCAGAAAUAGAAGAAAGAGAAACAUUACAAAAACAGCUGGACGAGGCUAACCGGGAAGCCCAGAAGUAUCGCCAGCAGCUUUUGAAGAAAGAACAAGAAGCAGAAGCUUGUCGGCAGAAGUUGGAGGCGAUGAGCCGCCUCCAGACUAGCAAAGAAGCUGUUUGA